UUUCCUGUCGGGAGGCGUCGAUAUGUAGUAAUUUAUUUUAAUCUAUGUUCAUCACUAAGUAUAUGGCAACAAUAUUAAAUAAUUUUUUUAGUAAAGCAUAAGUCAACAUGUUUUGUAAAAACUGUUUUAGCUUUAUAUUUCGUAUAAAAUAACAUUUUUUUCAAUCUAGGGAUUAGAUAACAUCAUGAACAAUAGCCGUAGACCAAAGAGAUAUAAGAAAUAUUUACAUCCAGAAUCGGAAAAUGUUAUGCCAUCUUCUACGUGGUACCGAAAUAAAAAACAGCGUAAUGGAGAAGUGUGAAACCAUUAUAACAUAUUGAUACAAAAAUAACAAUUUAUGACGAAAUUGCAGAUUUACAUGGAAAUUUUUUUCAGGGUAGUGGAUCUUCAUUUUCUUGUUUUCAACAAAAUGCUGAAAUACAGAUAGAAACAGAAAAAUUGCCUUUCAUUGAAGAAUAUGAUUCAGACGACACCAUGAGUGAACGUGAUCGAAACCUUGAAAUUGCGCUUUCAGAAGAAGAAAAUUUUAUAGCAUACGAAACCAUAAUAAAUGAUAAUAAUGAUCAGUUUGAAAUUGAACGAAAUACAAAUGAACUGUUUAAUCCAUGCACAGUAAAUCAUGCUGAUCAAAUUGAAAAAGUGGUGGAACUAUUUUCUGACGAUGAAUUAGAAUGCCCCAACAUGUCAUAUGCUCAGAGUGAUAUGGAGGACAAUUUUCUUGUGGAAUCAUCAGAUGACGAUAACCUUUCCCUGGCUGAAGAUUGUGAACCAAUUGAAAAUAACGACUUUCCAUAUAGAAAUUGUUUCUCAUCCAUAGCAGAGGUGAUUGGUAACAAUAAUAUGUCAACUCCAAUACAAGUGCCAGUAAAGAUUACUCCUAGUGAAUUAUUAUUAAUGAUUCUAAAAUAUGCAAUAGUACACGCGUUGUCAUUAAUAGAAAUCACAAAUCUAUUUAAACUAAUAAACUGUAUUUUCGCUUUCAACGUUUUGCCAAAUACAAAAUAUUUAAUUGAUAAAUUGUUCUACCCAAAAAAUCGUACAGAACUUCAUGCAACAUGCACAAAAUGUUCUGCAUAUGUAGGUAAAUUUAAACGAGAAACAAAAUUUGUAAAAUGUAAAUCGUGUAAAACCAAGAUUAACACAAAAAAUUAUAAGUACAAAGAUUUUUUCGUGACAAUGGAUGCUUCUUCGCAUAUUUUAAAACUAAUAGAAUGUAACAGUACUUAUUAUAAAUAUGUAGUUAACGAAAGAAUAAACGAUAAAGGCAAUAUUCGCGAUAUAUAUGAUGGCAAAUUAUAUCGCAACUUUGUGAAAAAUUUAAGUGAAAACGAUAAACGCAGCUACGCUACUGUUACAUUUAAUACUGACGGAGCACCGUUAUUUACCAGUUCCUCCUACUCAAUUUGGCCCAUUUUCCUAAUGGUAAACGAAUUGCCUUAUCACAUUAGGUCAAAGAAUUUAAUUUUAAUUGGUCUCUGGUUCGGUAAAGAUAAACCAAAAAUGAAUGUUUUUCUGAAACCAUUUGUGCAAAAAAUGAAAGUUCUUUCAACUGCUGGGGUUAAGUGCAAAGUAGGUGUUGAAGAAAUGAACAUAAAAAUUUUUGCGCAAGUAUGCUGUUGCGAUUCAGUAGCUCGCGCUCCCGUAAUGGGAUUCGUGCAAUUUAAUGGUUGUUAUGGAUGUCACCAAUGUCUUCAUCCUGGAGAAUGGGUUCUCAAUAGUAGAAAAAAGCGUUCAGGAAUUAUAAAAUAUGUUUUGACUAAAGAAAAACCGAAAAGUAGGAACAAUGAUGAUACUAUAAAGCAUAUGCAGUCCGCAUGUCAGUCAGGAAAAUCUGUUUUUGGAGUAAAACAACCAUCUCAAUUAAUAAAUUUAAUAGAUUUUAAUUUUAUUUACGGAUGCAUAUUCGACAGUAUGCACUGCAUUUCUGGGAUAGCAAAACAGUUUGCUACAAUUUGGUUUGGGAAUAAAGAAAAAGGUGGUUUAUUUUCUAAAACCUUUAUUCCUACGAUUGAUAAUGCUUUGAAUAGUAUUAAAGUUCCAAAUCAGAUUUGCAGGCUUACACGCCUAUUUUCUGAAAGGGCAUUUUGGAAAGCCAGAGAAUGGGAAAAUUGGGUUUUAUUUUAUAGCAGUCCAAUUUUGCAGACAAUUUUACAUGAUGACCUAUUUAAACAUUGGACUCUCUUAGUUGACGGUAUUUAUCUUUUGCUUCAAGAUGAAAUCAAAAUUUCAGAAAUAGACUUGGCUGAUGAAUUGCUACACAAAUUUGUUGGAAAAACAGAGUUAUUAUACACUAAAAGAAGUAUGACAUUUAAUGUGCAUAUUCUUCUUCAUUUAUCCAAAAGUGUUUUUGAUUGGGGACCUCUAUGGGCACAUAAUGCUUUCGCAUUCGAAUCCGGAAACGGAGAAUUGUUAAAGGUAAUUCAUGCCGCGAACGGAGUUCACCACCAAAUUUGUAGACAAAUCAGUCUUCAAUAUAGUAUGCUUUUCCUAAAAGAUCACCUUUAUCCUAAUUGUUCCUUUAAAGUCAAGGAUUUUUAUGAUAAUAUUGGUACAGUGAGAAUAAAAAAAACUCUACAAAUUUCUGGAAUCCGAUAUUUUGGACCAUCAUCAUCUGUAGAGGAAAAAUGGAUAAUAGAUUUGAACAUUUCUGAAAAAUCCGUUUCUUAUAAAAAGAUUGUAAAAAAUAGCUGUUUAUUUAUGUCUUGCUUGAAAAAUAACAAGCGUUCUAACAACAGCUUUGCAAUAUUAUAUAAUGGUACUUACGUCCAAUUGUUUAAUUUUGUAGUUGAUCCUGUUACAAAGAGUGAGUAUGUUAUUGUAAAAAAAAUUGUAACCGUAAAUUUCAUUGACGAGAACUGCAGAAUGAUAAAAAAAAUUGUAGAAAUUAUUGACAACAAAGUUGCUGUUCCUUCUCAUGAAAUUAAAAAAGUAUGUGUUUAUAUGUCACUAAAUGUUAAUUGUCAAUAUUUAUGUUCAGUUCCAAAUUUGCAUUUGUAUUGAAAUGCCUAAUGUUCCUAAGACUACAAAUAUUAUAAAAAUUAAACUUUUUUAGUCAUGAGGAAUGGUGCAUCAUUUGAUCAACUUUUUGUAGCCAAUAUCAGACUAAAUUUGUGAUUUCAAUCAAGAAUAAACUUCAUGCAAUUAAUAAAUAGGAAUAAUUAUUCUAGUAUUUACAAUAAAAUCAAUAUUAAUAACAAUAAGAAACAAUAAUAACAUAGCCAAAAGCUAAAAUGCUUUGCAGUAGUAUUUAAUUCAACUAAAUUUAUACUAUUUUUAAAUAAAAUUUCUUACACAUUUUAUCUCAUAUUACUCAGUGGGCAAAUGGAACGUUCCUAAGACGUUUCAUGUCUGCCAAAUUAACAUUUUAUAUUAAAUGUAAAAAUUUCUUAAUUACAUUUAGAAUAAUAUGUAUUCUGUUAAAUUAUAAAAGUUUUGUAAAUUAAUACUUUGUAAGAGGUUUCUUUUAAAUUAGUUUAGAAACCAUAUCGGAAACUAUAUGGGAAACUAUAUGGGAAAAAACAUCUUUGCCUGUCCCAAUUUCCAACAUCGAUUCCUGUAUAGUUUCCGAUAUAGCAUCCCAUAUGGUUCCCGAUAUAGUUUCCUAUAUGCAUUUAGAUAACGUUUCAGAUGUAGGCUACAAUCUAUGUUCCGAUGUCGGAAUUUUCGAUCCAAGUUUUAUUAAAAUUGGAGG